AUGGGCGAGGGUACGCUGCUCCCAGAUCUGGGCUCCGAAAUUCUCAUCCCAAUUUGUGCCGUUGUCGGCAUAGCUUUCGCCCUCUUUCAAUGGCUGCUGGUGGCCAAGGUGAAACUUGCCGACGGCAAAUCCAACUUCGCCGAUGGGAAAAGUGGGUUUACCGAAUCUCUCAUCUCUGAGGAGGAAGGCAUCAACGAUCUUUCCGUAGUUCGCAAGUGCGCCGACAUCCAAUCUGCCAUCUCCGAAGGCGCAACAUCAUUUCUGUUCACCGAAUACCAGUAUGUUGGUAUCUUCAUGGUUGCUUUUGCCAUGUUAAUCUUCCUCUUCCUCGGCUCGGUGCAAGGAUUCAGCACCAGUCAUCAGCCAUGUACAUAUGACAGCACGAAAAUGUGCAAGCCUGCUCUUGCCACAGCCAUUUUCAGCACCGUAUCCUUCCUUCUGGGUGCUGUCACAUCCGUGGUGUCUGGAUUUCUUGGGAUGAAAAUCGCCACCUAUGCGAAUGCUCGGACCACUCUUGAGGCCAGGAAGGGUGUUGGGAAGGCUUUCAUUGUCGCAUUCAGGUCUGGUGCAGUUAUGGGUUUCCUCCUUGCCGCAAAUGGCCUGCUUGUUCUCUACAUUGCUAUCAAUCUCUUCAAGCUCUACUAUGGCGAUGAUUGGGAAGGCCUAUUUGAGGCCAUAACUGGUUAUGGGCUUGGAGGCUCUUCAAUGGCUCUUUUCGGUAGAGUUGGUGGAGGUAUUUACACAAAAGCUGCUGAUGUAGGAGCCGAUCUUGUUGGCAAGGUAGAAAGGAACAUUCCAGAAGAUGACCCUAGGAACCCUGCGGUUAUUGCAGAUAAUGUUGGUGAUAAUGUCGGAGAUAUUGCGGGUAUGGGAUCUGAUCUCUUUGGCUCAUACGCAGAAUCUUCAUGUGCAGCCCUUGUUGUUGCUUCCAUCUCAUCAUUUGGGAUCAAUCAUGACUUGACUGCAAUGCUGUAUCCUCUUCUGGUCAGCUCAGCUGGGAUCCUCGUUUGUCUUCUGACCACUUUGUUUGCGACUGAUUUCUUUGAGGUUAAGGCUGUCAAAGAAAUUGAGCCUGCAUUAAAAAAGCAGCUCAUCAUCUCAACAAUUCUGAUGACUGUUGGAAUUGCUGUUGUUAGCUGGAUUGCUCUUCCCUCAUCUUUCACAAUAUUUAAUUUCGGAGUGCAAAAAGAAGUUAAGAGCUGGCAAUUGUUCCUGUGUGUUGCUGUUGGUUUGUGGGCCGGGCUGAUUAUCGGAUUUGUCACGGAGUACUAUACGAGCAACGCUUACAGCCCUGUGCAAGAUGUUGCGGACUCAUGCCGCACGGGUGCAGCUACCAACGUGAUUUUCGGACUUGCUUUGGGCUACAAAUCAGUCAUCAUCCCAAUUUUUGCCAUUGCAAUUAGCAUUUUUGUAAGCUUUAGUUUUGCUGCCAUGUACGGUAUUGCGGUGGCGGCCCUCGGAAUGCUAAGCACUAUAGCAACUGGGUUGGCUAUUGAUGCGUACGGCCCCAUCAGCGACAAUGCUGGUGGUAUUGCUGAGAUGGCAGGCAUGAGCCACAGCAUCCGAGAGAGGACAGAUGCACUUGAUGCUGCAGGCAACACCACUGCCGCUAUUGGGAAGGGAUUCGCAAUCGGGUCAGCUGCUCUGGUCUCCCUGGCCCUGUUUGGAGCGUUUGUGAGUCGUGCGGGCAUAACGACUGUAGACGUGCUGACUCCAAAGGUAUUCAUAGGGCUGAUAGUGGGUGCCAUGCUUCCUUACUGGUUCUCGGCAAUGACAAUGAAGAGUGUGGGCAGUGCUGCUCUGAAGAUGGUGGAGGAAGUGCGGCGGCAGUUCAACACCAUCCCGGGUCUCAUGGAGGGCACUGCAAAGCCAGACUAUGCGACAUGUGUCAAGAUCUCCACAGAUGCAUCCAUCAAGGAGAUGAUCCCUCCAGGUGCCCUCGUCAUGCUCACUCCCCUCAUUGCAGGCAUUUUCUUUGGUGUUGAGACUCUAUCUGGUGUUCUUGCUGGAUCUCUUGUCUCUGGUGUUCAGAUUGCUAUAUCGGCAUCCAACACAGGUGGUGCUUGGGAUAACGCCAAGAAAUAUAUCGAGGCUGGUGCUUCAGAGCACGCUCGUACUCUUGGUCCAAAAGGCUCGGAUGCACACAAGGCGGCUGUGAUUGGAGAUACUGUUGGUGACCCUCUAAAGGACACGUCUGGCCCAUCACUCAACAUCCUCAUCAAGCUCAUGGCUGUUGAGUCCCUCGUGUUUGCUCCCUUCUUUGCUGCCCAUGGUGGCUUGCUCUUCAAGAUUUUCUGA